AUGAAUGGCCUUAACAUCCUUAUUCCUGACAUGUUCUAUAUGAUCGCUGCUGAGCACCCCCCACGCGAAAAUACUCCUGCGCUUUCGGACGACACUGGCAGCUCCUCUUCACGCGAAAGCUCUCUACCGGCUACACCUGUCUCUGGACUCAGCCGUGCACCAUCUAUAUCUUUUGAUGACGAAUCCAAACAUGAAUCCCCUGGCGAUGGCACAUAUAUGAGGAUUGUCGAACCAGACGCGGACUCCUCGCCACCAGAAGACAUCACGCGUCCGCUGAAACGGAGACGGUUGGCGGACACACGGGCUUAUGUAUUCCGCUCAGAGAGAGCGCUGCCGCCUAAUAAUUCGAACGACAUGACGAACACCGAUGACGGCGCGCUCUUUGAUCUUGGGCACAUACUCAUCGGCGGCUGCACGAGUGUCGGGGACGUCAAGCCCGAUGCGGCGGACCCGUUGCUAGAAUACGUCUUCCGUCCAUUGAAACGGAAGCGAUUCGUGGACGCGAGCACUGAUGAUGCUUGCGCAAAGGAGGCGCAGACAUCCGAUAUCUCGAGCGGCGCUGCCAAGGUUGAGGACAGCGCUUCAUUCGAUCUUGGGCAUAUCCCCUUUCACGACUGCACGAAGAUCUGGGUCGCCGAACCGGACGAUGUUCACCCAGUCUCCCCCCACAUUGACCUACACGUUUCACUUAAAGCCAUCGCUCGCUCGCCGAAGCGAAAACGGUGUGCGGACACGACGGCCGACGAGGUCUGUGUUAAGAGAAGGCGGUUGUCUGACAGCCCGAGCAACGCGUCAAAGCUCACAGAUGGGGGUCCUUAUGGACCUCACCCUAGAUGCAUGAUCACGGGCUGCGUGUCUGCUGAGGUGGAGGCGUGCUAUAUCCUGCCUCCCGAUAUGCCUCAGUCGUUGGUCUACAAAUACUACGUCGUUGCAGAGGAUGAGCACUCUCCAGACUUGGGAACCCCCCAGGAUUAUACCAUUAUACCUCUAGCUACCACCGCUGCUUGCUCGUAUCGCUCACUGGGGUGGCACGAGCUGAGUGCGAAUCUGCAUCUGAUGACAACUCGAGUGGGCCGUGAAUUCAUGAAGCGACCGCUCCACUACGAGCAUUAUCUAUCUAAGGACGCUCUUGCGCAUAUACCCACCAUCACGCCCGUCUACCCAGAUAUGAUCGAGCCGGUCUUCUCCCAUAUCACACGUGACUCGCCAGUCGAAGUCAUCCCCCGCCUGCCGAAGCGGAAACGGAGCCCAGAAAUAGAGAUCAAUGAAGUUUCUGCCAAGAGAAUGCGCACGUCCGGCUCUGCACGCAACACGUCGAUGAUCGAGGACAGUGUUCCUUUCGGACCUCACCCGAGGUGCAUGAUCACCGGCUGCGUGUCUGCUGAGGUGGAGGCUUGUUAUAUCUUACCUCCUGACAUGCCUCAGCUAUUGGUGAAUUGGAAGAUGGACUACAUUACGUUCAACAUGCGGACCAACUACAACUUCCUCCGUUGCUAUGCACCUGGAAAUAUUAUAUUCCUUCGACGCGACCUCCGAGAACUUUGGGAGACAAACCGGUUGUUGAUAAUACCCCAUCCUGAUCAUUUGCAGAAGCUUAAACAUUGCAAUGUCUACAAAUAUUGCAUCAUCGCAGAGGAAGAGCACCCUCCAGACUCGUACGCGACCAUGAAUAAUAUCAUCACACCUUCCGUCAUGAGGGCUCCUUGCUCAUAUCGGUCGCUCGGAUGGCAUGAACUGAAUGCCCAUCUCCAUCUGAUGAUAUUCCGAGCGGGUCAGAAGUUGAGCAAGCGACCACUGCACUACCAACACGUCUUGCGGGAUCUGCUGCCCUACAAGGAAGUCAAUCACGCAUACAGCAUUAUCAAAUGGCAUGGGACAUGGACGGCCCCCUUGACUUGCGAACUGGUACCCGACAGACGGUUGUGGGCAACGGGCGAGCUCUCACCCUGUCCUAAGAAUUAUUACCGCCCCCCCAGAACACAGUAUUGUUCUCCCCUGUUGGAUGACGACACUGACCGCUUUCGUCGCCAGUUCCGGCCAAUCCUCUCAGGGAUAAAGAGGAGGCGUUUUGGCGACACCAGUGGGAGCGGCCAGGAUUACAUCGGAGAUGCUGAACGGGAAGUCAGCAUUCGUCAGUGGUGUCUGGAAUGCGACCAAGCUCGAGAUGAGUGGACGAUGGGACCGCCUGCGGAACCUGAGGACGCAGAGAUACUCGCUUAUCGACAAGAGGAAGCUGGCGAUGUGCAGCCUGUUGUGCAAAAGCCUUGGUCGGUGGAAAGCUAUUUCUCAAGGUACAUUCUGUGCCACAUUUGCAGGCCAAUGUUUGACUGA